UUUGACUUAACUUCCGGUAAGUAUGAGCGCGGCAAAAAGUUAUUUUUCUGAAAUUAUAAAUCAUUCUGCAACCUGCAACAUUUGCAGUAGAAUUGUGAAAACGAGCGGCAACUCGUCGAACUUGCUGUCUCACCUUAAAAACAGACAUCGGGACGCAUAUCUAAAGUGUACAAAGAAAUCGACAAAAGUUGACCAGCUCAACAAAAGCAUUGAGAAAAUGUCGUUAGAGAACGCGUUUAAGUUUUCGUCCACUGUUAACAGAAAACAUGAUGAUAUCACGGAGGCGAUUGUGUUUAUGAUCUGCAAAUACAAUUUGCCUGUCCAGAGCGUGGAAAAAGAAGGAUUUACCAAUUUGAUGAAAAAAUGUGUUCCGACUUACAAGAUUCCAAGCCGGUUCAAGGUAACAAAUCUGAUCGAAGCAAAAUACGACAGCUGUGUAGCUAUGAUGAGGACCAUUCUUAAAGAUGUUAAAGACUUUGCGUUCACCUGUGACGGAGUAACAAUCACAAAUUCAACUCGAUCGUACCUAACAGUAACUGCUCACUUCAUCAAAGAUAAUUGCCUACAAUCGGUUUGCUUGCAAGCAGUUAGAAUGACACAGGUAAGCGUUUUUAAAAAUAUCUUAAGGUGUCUUACUGAAGAAGGUGUGUAACGAAUUUGAUAUCGAGUGCUCGAAGUAGCGUAGUUUAACUACAGAUAACGCAAACAACAUGAAGGCGGCCUCAAAUUUAUUUUUGGGAAGUGGCAAACACAUUUCAUGUUUCGCACAUACGAUUCAUUUGGUAGUCGACGACGUAGUAAAGGGCAUAUCAUCUUUUUCACACGUUUUGGAUAUAGUGAAGAAAAUUGUUACUCAUUUCAAGCACAGUCCAGCUGCGAUGGACAUGUUGCGGAAACUACAGGCCGACGAAGGAACAGCUGAAGGUCACAUUAAAACUCUCGUACAAAGUGUGGACACAAGGUGGAACUCCUGCCUGGACAUGUUUAUUUCGUUCUUAAGUAUUUCGAAUAAAGUAGCGAUAGUCCUAAUUAAUAGAUCAACAACUGUAAAAGGAUUGCCCGAGAUGCUAACGGCUUCAGAAUUGCGAAUUUGUCAAGAUUUCUGUGAUCUACUUAAGCCUUUUAAAGAUGCGACAGAAAAAAUAAGUGGCGAAAGUUACCGUGAGCAUGGUAAUCCCACUUAUAUCACUGUUGAUGGACAAAAUUCGCAAAAUACAACUAGAGUCGGCCGAAGGAAUUUUAACUAAGGAAGCUUUAUUGAAGGAAGCAGAUAAACGUUUUAAGUUUUUGCAGAACAACAAAAUUCUUGUCAAAUCGACUUUGUUGGAUCCGAGAUUUAAGAAAGUUUAUCUUU